AUGAAGCCGCUGCCUCCGGAUACCCCCACGCCGCGGCGUUUUCUGACCAAGCGCCCCGCGUCUUCCACGUCGUCCUCGCAGCAGACGCCCACGCCGAUGCGCUUCCAGUCGUCGACGCAGCGCUUCGGCGCGACGCAGGGCGCGACGCGCGGACCGAUGGAGGACGUCGAGGAGGCGGAGGCGUCGCGGUCUGCGUCCUCUUCAUCACGGGGCGAAGGCGGCGAGUCGGACGGGCGCGACGCGGCGGCGUCGGACUCGAUCGAGGUGGACUCGGACAGGGACAGCCUCGCGUUGCGGGAGGAGGGGCUGUCGCGGAGCAGUGAAAGUAGCGAGCGUGAGAUGGAGGAUGGUGUGGGCGGCGUGAGACGGCGUAGGAGCUACUUGAGCGACCUGGAGGAGGACGAGGACGAGGGGGUUGCGGCGAUGGACAUGGCUGCGGAGGAGCACGUGUAUGAAGAAGAUGUUGCCAUGCCAGAGGCGAAGAGACGCCGGUUGUCAUCUUCCGCGUCGCCUGAGCUGGGCAUGGCCGUCGGGUACGAUGUAGAUGCGGGGCAGUCCGACGACUCGGAGCGAGAAGAAGACGAGGAGCACGACGACGUGCAGGACAGGACGCGCACGCGACCCGCCCCGGCGCAGGAGCCGACCUUUCGACCAGCGCCGCGCUUCAAGCCCGCGCCCGAGGACGAGUUCCUCGCCGCUGCGCACGAGCAGGCCGACGCUCCCUUCUCAUCUCCGCCGCGGCGCGGCGCAAGGUACGUCGCGGGUGGGCUCGCCGCGCAGCUGCAGGGCCUGCUCUCGCAGGUCAAGGGCGGCGACGACGGGGGAGGAGGAGGAGGAGGGGGAGGCGUGGUCCGGCUGCGGGUGGAGGAGGCGAGGCUGGGCGCGCGGAUGCACCUGGUCCGCGGACGGGUGGUGACGACGGCCGAGGAGGGCACGGAGGACGUGCGGCGGUACGUCCUGGCGGGCGGCGCGGGGACGGGGACGGGGACGGGGACGGGGACGGGGACGGGGACGGGGAGCGGCAGUGUGGUGAGGAUAGGGCCGGGGCCGGCGUGGGAUGUGUGUCUGGGCGAGGAGGAGUGGACGGUGGCGUGUGACUGGAGCGUAGAGCCACCGGAGGGUUGA